AAAAAAAGGUAAAAAAGGCAAAAGAAGUUUGUUAGUUAAACAUUUAAACAAUCAUAGAUAGAAAGAGAUAGUCAUAUAUGUCACUUUAUAGGACGUUAGGAAGAAACGACGAAAUUUAGGGUUGUCGCGAGUGCGCGUGGGUGGGCGAGGCGUGUGCACACGGUGCGAUAGAAGAAGAAGAAGAAGAAGAAGAAGAAGCAAAGAAGAUAGUAGUAGUUGUAGAAGUAGAAUAAGAAGAAUAAGAGGUGAAGUAGUAGGAGAAAAUUGUGGUGGUGGUGGUGGUGAUGGUGAUGGUGGUGAUGGUUUUGGAAUAUAAGAAGCUGAAGAAUAGUAGUGUGAUCUCUCACUAUAAGUAAGAAUCUUAAUGAGGAGUACUUUUUGAAGGACGAAGAAGAUUAAAGGUGUAACACACAUAGAGGAUAAUAAGUAACACACAACUAUACUACGACGAAGACACUACGACGACGAGCAGUAUAAUCAUCAAGGAAGCAUCAUGAGCGACGAUAAAAGCGAUGAUGAUCCUAUAAUGGAUAUUUGGUAUAGUAAUUGGGAACAACAGUGUGUUGAAGCUUUGGAAACUGAACCGGAAUAUGAAAAUCAACUACAAAACGCUAAAGAGAUGUAUUCACAGCAGUUAUGGGCUAGCUUUCAAACUACAGCGUCGGCCAUCGCCCAAUUCUAUAAAGAUCGUACCCAGAAUGUGUCACUUUGGCUACCCUUCCAGACAGCUGCGGGUACUGUCACGUCAUUGUACAAAGAUUCGGUCGAUAGUAUGCGACGGUGCAGUGAACUAGGAAUAGAAACCGGAAAGCAAAAACGUAGCAAAGAAAUAAUGAACUGGGCUAGGAAAAAGAGGCGCAUGAUCCGUAGAGAAGAUCUGUUAGCGUAUCUUGCUGGUAAACCACCUCCACCAAGACCACACUCGCACAGAAGUUCUCCAAAACCGAGAAUGAUGGUAUGUGGUUCUUCACCUUCACAAAGCCCUACACAAAGUAUGGGAGUAUCACAGACAUCAUCACCUGGAAUAGAUUUGGAUCCUGAAUUACACACAUUUAGAGAAGCUAUAUCGUUAUCCGGCUCAUCGGUGUCAAGACGUUCCGGAAAGCAAGCAGAAUUGACUUCUUUUAUAAACAGCGAGUUUGCUCGGCAUCACAAACGGCCUGCCUCGCACGACGUGGAUAUGGGAUCACCUACGCACAAACGUUCACGUCACAUGUAACGUCGCGCUACGUGUAAAGUAACCCUCACUCCCUUCUUGUUCCCUAUUAUUAAUUAAUCAAUUGAUCAAUUAAUUACUAAUGAUUCUGCUCUCCCCUACUACGUGGUUAACACAACUCUCCGGUUAAACGAGAGUAAUCAUUUCGAUACACUACCUACUACUACUACUACUAUUAUUACUACUACUAUUACUACGAUGGCAAUGGUGUAUAAAUAUACAUUG